AUGCAAGCAAAGGUUGUUAUUGAUACAAAUAAACAAAUUAUGACAAUUAAACAAAAUAAUGAAACUGAUGUUAUCCUAAUCAUGUGCUUUUCCAAGAUUGAUCCAAAAGUAUUUACUCCUAUAGAUUUUGUUAAAGAAAAACAUGAUGAUUUAGAACUUGAAGAAAUAUACAAAAACUCACAACACUAUCUGAACGUAUCCUUUGAUAACAAUAUAACAACCAUCAACAGAGAAGAUUGUUUAUAUUGUAAAGUAUUGUAUCAAGAUCUACAGGAAUAUCAAAUAGCUGUUUCAAUUAAUAAAGCACAAAUUGAAGCAAGUGAUAAAUUGGUAGAAAUAUCAAAAGGAAAAGAAACACCAAUAGGAAACUUAACAAAAGAUCAGCAGCAGUAG